AUCUUCAAUGUUCUUAAUUCACCUCAGAGCUCUGAUAAAUUUUCAUAAUCAGAAUAUAUAGAAAAUGGUUCUUCAUAGACCGCAGAGCAUGAAAAAAACUGUAUCUAAAGACCUUCAUAAGGUAACAUUAAAGACCUUCAUAAGGUAAUAUGCCGAAUAUUCAUUUGGGAUUUAAAAGACCUGGUACUCGGAGUGUAUCAUUUAUGUCUGGUCUUAUGUUACGGUUCUUGCAUCCUCUCAGUUUGUUCAUUACCGAUUAUACUGAGAUGCCUAAGCCUUAGAUUAUUGAUACAACAAAUUUUGUGAUUACUAAUCCCUGUAAUGCCGUUUUGCUUGAAUUGUAUUCAAAGGAGUCGUUGAAUUAGCAUCCCAAAUUUCGUAUUGAGAUAAUCCCUGAAUUAACAAUUGUUGUUGCUGUAAGGAAUGUGUCAUUCAAUUAGGAGUUGCUCUGUUAGUAAUUGAUUGGGACUUUGCCCUUGAUGUUUUGCUCUAUUUUGUUUUUUGCUUGUUAGUAAACUAACUCCCUUGAUAUGGAUCGCCUUCUAUUGCCUCUGUAUGCUAAUUCUUUAUGCAUGUCACCUGUUUUGCUCCAUUCAAAUUACUUGUAUUUUUCCAGGUUAGCAAACAGGGGAUAUUGCCAGCAGCGGAUUUCCCCAGCUUCCGCAGAGUUUACCAAAGCUUCCAGCCAGCAGUUUUUUACUUCCACCUCUAUCUUAGACUCGCAAUUUCCCAGAGAUUUUUCAGGAAAACACCUUUCAGUUACCAAAGAGGGCCUUCUCGGUGAUUGAUUGAAUUGUGAUUUGUUUACCGUGUUUUUGUCGUUCAUUUUCUUCAUCAUAUAGAUGUUUGUGGACAGUGUGACAACGACAACAACAAAUGCAACAUUAGCAUCCUUGUUGUCGUCUUCAUCAGAAGAAGAGGACUUCUUUGAAUCUUUAGAACGAUUGCCGUCAUCUGCCUCCACUUCUGGUCGCUUGUCAGGGUGGUGGGAUGCUCAAGAUGACAGUCUUGCUCGAUUCUCAGCACGCCCUUCUUAUUCCAUCAAUGACAAUGACGACAACUACGAUGACAAAGAUGGUGAUGACAGUGGCGGCGGCAGGUAUGAUGUGUGGAUGGCAGAGCCAGGGUCCAUCACAGAGCGUCGCCAACGACUCCUGCAAGGGAUGGGCCUCAGCAAUGAGAUGGGACUCCUACGCAUCACCAGUCUCCGGAAUCAUAACAGCAAGGACAAGCCCUACAACAGUGCCAUCAAAACUCCCCCUCUUGCUGCCCUUCUUCGCAUGGGUGAGGCGGUGGGGACAACCAACAAAAGUAUAAAGAGGAUCAAGGAGGUUGGUAGGUGCCUCACUUGGGCAGGAGGAGGAGGAGGAGGAGCAGUCAUUUCUCAUCCUCUCCGCCGGUCCAGCUCUUUCAAUGAUGUAAAGGAGUUCAAAGAUUGCGGUGUUAUAGAUAAUGAUGAUGACGGCAAAGGUAAUAAUGAUGAUGAUGAUGAUGAAAGGGCACAGGCAGAUGGGGCCACUGCUACAGAAGUGAAUGAGCAACAGCACUGCAUAAUAAGAAAUUUGGACAAUGGAAAACUAUUCAUUGUGAGGGAGGACGGAAUGUGGGAUGGCCGGCAGCUGAGCACGGAGGAAUUCGAGAGGUCCGUCGGUUACUCCCCAAUCGUCCAUGAGCUGAUGCGGCGUGAGAGCUUUGCCACCUUUCCCAAGGGAGGAGACUCUUCUUCUGCUUUCCCUACAGCAAAACACAACAACAAGCCACUCCUCUCUUCCUUAUCAACCAUGAGGAGAUCAUCGAAGAGGAGGGGAGGAGGAAGCAUCAAUGCGUUGUGGCUUAUGAAGAACAUCAGGGUAGUAGCGAGCAACGUAGUGGCAGGACAUGGCCAUGGUCAUAGUCAUGUGUACAACCACCACCACCACCCCAAGAGAGAGGAUAGGGGAGAUGUGUCAUCAGGAGGAGGAGGGGCAGAAGGAGAGGGCAGUUAUGUGUUGGAUGCCUCUGAGAGGAUGAAGGUGCGGCAGCAUGGCAAGUCCUACAAGGAGCUGACGGGCCUGUACAUGUGCCAGGAGAUUCAGGGCCACGAGGGCUCAAUAUGGAGCAUCAAGUUCAGCCACGAUGGCCGCUACCUCGCCACUGCUGGGGAAGAUUGUGUCAUUCACGUGUGGCAAGUCUCUGAGGCCGAGACCGGGCCCCAGGACAGGGACCGCCUGCUCUCAUCCUCAACGAGAAGGAGCAAGUCUUUAUCAUCAUCUUCUUCUUCUUUCUCUUCUUCUUCACAUUUCGGUGUUUCCAACAGGAAGCAUCAUUCUUCUUCAUCAGUUCCCCCUGACUAUUUAAUGAUACCUGAUACCAUCUUCUUGCUUUCGGAGAAGCCCAUCUGCUCCUUUGAGGGACACCUUGACGACGUGCUCGACCUCUCCUGGUCCAAAUCCCAGCACCUUCUUUCCUCUUCAAUGGACAAAACUGUUAGACUCUGGCACAUGUCAAGCAAGGCUUGUCUGAAAUUAUUUGCACACAAUGAUUACGUAACCUGCAUCCAAUUCAAUCCGGUCGACAAUAGAUACUUCAUCAGUGGCUCCCUUGACGCCAAGGUACGCAUAUGGAGCAUACCCGAUCGUCAGGUUGUUGAUUGGAGUGAUCUACAUGAAAUGGUUACUGCUGCGUGCUACACACCUGAUGGCCAGGGUGCAUUAGUUGGUUCAAAUAGAGGGAGUUGCCAUUUAUUCAGCAUGUCAGGAUGUAAGCUGCAGCAGAAAAGUCAGAUAGAUAUGCAGAACAAAAAAAAGAAAUCCCAUGCCAAGAAGAUCACUGGUUUCCAGUUUGCCCCUGGUAGUUCCAGUGAAGUUUUGGUAACUUCUGCUGAUUCACGGAUACGUAUCUUCGAUGGCACUGAACUUAUCCACAAAUACAAAGGUUUCCGCAACACAAGCAGCCAGAUAUCGGCGUCAUUUACUGCAGACGGGAAGUACAUAAUUUGUGCAAGUGAGGAUUCCAAUGUGUAUGUGUGGAAGCACGAGGAUUCAUGCAAUGCAGUCACAGGCAUGGGUGGGAGGAAUAAAUGGGCAGCAGCGGUCACUUCUCGAUCUCACGAACACUUCCCCUGUCGAGAUGUAUCUGUCGCCAUUCCAUGGCCAGGGUCUAGCCGUGAGCAGCAGCAGCCAGUGACAUCAUGCUUGUCAAGGGUAAAGGGGGGACGGAAAUGUCCUCGAACCCCAUCCUCCUCUGCCGCCAUCCCCACCUUGGAAGACGUGUUCUUGAGCAGCAAGAGCCUUCGGCAUUUGAAGGAGGGAGAGGGCAGCAUGUCUUUUUCAGAAUCAGUUAGGGGUGUGGGGGGGCAUUCAUUCUCCUCUUCAUCUUGGUGGGAUAGUAAUAAUGAGGGAGACAUUAAUGCUGCAGCUGCAGCUGCAGCAGCAGGUUCUUCUUCUUCUUCUUCGCAGCAGGCAGCAGGUUCUUCUUCUUCUUCGCAGCAGGCAGCAGCAGCGACAGCAUGGGGUCUAGUUGUGGUGACCGGUGGGUUGGGAGGAGAGAUUCGAACUUUCCAGAAUUUUGGCCUGCCCAUCCGCCUCUAGUACCACUUCGAUUUCGAUGACACAUGACCUACCCUAAUCUUCGUUAAGCAUGUAAAAUACAUCAUUUUUUGUCUUUUUUAUAUUUUGUACUUUUUUUAAGUCGGGGAUUUGAACUUGAAAGAUCUCCAACCGGUACUAAUAGACUAUAUAGGACAAGCCCAUACAGGUUUGGUUCUCUUGGAAGAGAGGAGGAACACAGGUACAGUAAGUACACCUCAGGAGUGGGAUCAACAACCCAUUAAAAUGUUUGUUGCAAUUAAUCCUCAUUGGAAAAAUAUAUCACCACUUUUAGGGUUU